AUUUUGAUUGCCACGUCCACUCUUGCUUGGGGUGUGAAUUUCCCAGCGCAUUUGGUUAUCGUCAAGGGAACGGAAUACUAUGACGGAGAAACGAAACGCUACGUGGACUAUCCCAUCACAGAUGUCUUGCAAAUGAUGGGUCGCGCCGGUCGACCACAAUUUGAUGAUCAGGGUAAAGCGGUCAUCAUGGUUCAGGAUACGAAAAAGACGUUCUACAAACGUUUCUUGUACGAACCAUUCCCGGUGGAGAGCUGUCUGUUGCAAGUGCUACCCGAUCAUUUGAACGCUGAGAUUGUCGCAGGCACCAUCAGCUCGAUGCAAGAAGCGUUGGACUAUCUGACAUGGACAUUUUUCUUCCGCCGUUUGAUGCUUAAUCCCAGCUAUUACGGAUUGGCUGACUGUAGCUCGUCCUCAGUCAGUGCCUAUCUCUCUCAAAUCGUCCUGAAUGCUUGCAAUCAGCUGGUCUCUUCACACUGUAUUCAGUUCGCCACAGAUCGACCAGAUGGUCUCAUUUACACCGAGAUGGGUCGUUUGGCCUCAUUCUACUAUCUGUCGCACAAAACAAUUCACUUGUUCGUUGAGAAACUUCGUGCGGACUGCACGACACACGAUCUACUGGCUAUCCUUGCGAGUGCGCACGAGUACGCCCUGUUGCCAGUUCGCCACAAUGAGGAUGAGAUGAACCAACAACUGUCCAAAUACGUCCCGCUCCCAGCCAUCGGUCCGAUGGAAUGCCCGCACACAAAGACUCAUUUAUUGCUUCAAGCUCAUUUCUCUCGGUUGGACGAGCUCCCGGUCGCAGACUAUGUGACGGAUACACGCUCUGUCUUGGAUCAGGCUACCCGAAUUUUACAGGCCAUGUUGGACACAUGCACUCAAUGCGGUUGGCUUACCAGUAGCAUCAGUUGUGUUCUCCUAAUGCAAAUGGUCGCCCAGGGCUUGUGGAUCGAGGAUGCUGGAAGCGGUCUUUUGCAACUUCCAGGCCUAUCCGCGAAUCAUUUGAUGUGCAUCUGUCGCGCGGACGGCUCUCUAAUAAACUCGUUGCCGGAGCUGUUGGAUUACGUGGCCUGUGAUCCUGAUCGGUUGAACCUCAUGCUCCAAUCGGAAUUGCGACCGCGCGUAUUCAGUAGGCUCAAAGAGGUGAUCAAACGAUUUCCCAUCGUGGAACUGUCUGCCACAUUGAUCGGACCAGAUCCUUCCCGGAAAACCAAAUUAGGACAAAACGACACACGAGCCAUUGAACUGGAUCGAAACGGGUGCUCGCGUGGUCCGAGUCUGUCCGUAUACGCGGACACGGAUUAUGUGUUGCGUGUUUAUGUGACUCGGGUGAAUCCGAAUAGGCGCGCAGCUGGUUGGGGCAGUCAGCUGGCAACCGUUUCCGACUUGGUCAAAGCCAAAUCACAAGACGGUUGGAUCCUCAUUCUGGGCACAAACGAGUCAUGCAAUGCCAGCGGUGAACUACUCGCACUGAAACGUGUCCCGCCACGUGCCGUGACAGUGGGAGGAAAGCGCAGUCAUGCAAUCUGUUUGGCUUUCCGCCUACAAAGCCGGGGCUCCCCGAGAACGCAACACAAUCUUACUCUGUACCUGUUCUCCGACUCAUAUGUGGGUUUGGAUCAGCAAAUUGAACUUCAGUUUGAGUCCAUACCUUGCGAGAAGGGAAACAAUGAUGAAAGUGGUGAAGCGGAGUCUUCCUGGUAA